AUGACUUCAUGCUCCUCUUCUGCACGCAAGGCGUCUUUAAGCAAGAUCGCGAGUAAUCGGCUACAGAAAGAGCUGAUGGAGUGGCAGGUGAAUCCGCCUGUGGGUUUCAAGCAUAAAGUUACCGAUAAUCUCCAGAGAUGGGUAAUUGAAGUCAACGGCGCUCCGGGUACUCUAUAUGCCGGCGAAACGUACCAGCUUCAAGUUGAUUUUCCAGAGCAUUACCCUAUGGAAGCCCCUCAGGUUAUAUUUAUACCUCCAGCUCCACUUCACCCUCACAUUUAUAGCAAUGGGCAUAUAUGUUUAGAUAUUUUAUACGACUCAUGGUCACCAGCUAUGACUGUUAGUUCGAUUUGCAUCAGCAUUCUCUCCAUGUUAUCAAGCUCACCAGAAAAGCAACGCCCAGCAGACAAUGAUCGUUACGUGAAGAAUUGUAGGAAUGGCAGAUCUCCCAAGGAGACAAGAUGGUGGUUCCAUGAUGAUAAAGCAUGA